AUGGGGAAGGGUAAAGCGAAGGUUGUCCCUCAGGAGAGGAGGGACUUCAGGUUGGACCGCUUUAACAGCAGUAACAGGCUGAGAAGGGACUACGCAGAACAGUCCGGACCUACUGGGGCUCAGGCAGUCCAUGCUGUGUUCCGAGAGCCGUUGCACAAGAUCCUGGAGAAGGUGAAGUGCGAACCCUUUUUUCAGUGGCCGAACAGGAUGGCGGGUGACCCCUUAAAACGCAAUCAGAAUCUGUACUGCGUGUACCACCAGGAGCCAGGUCACACCACCGAUGAUUGCAGGAAUCUGAAAAACUAUUUGGAUCGUCUUGUCCGAGAAGGGAAGUUGAGGCAUCUGCUGCACCGCCCUGAAGGAUGGCAGGAACAGUCAAAUGUUGAAACCAGACAAGGCACAUUGAGGCCACUCAUUGACACAAUAAAUGUCAUUCUUGUCGCACCUGGGAGAACCGGUUCCAACCCUUUCAGAGUAAUGUCAGUGGGCAGGUUCCCGACGAAGCUAGACGAAAGGGAAUCCAAGAGAGCCAGAGUGAAUGUCACGCCAUUAAUUGGGUUCACGGAGGAGGACAAGUAA